AUGUCUGAAUUAAUACAAGAAGAAAUUAAUCGUGGUCAUAUCUAUCCUAUUGAAUAUAAUUCCUUUUCUAAUUUUAAAGAAAUAUCAACGGGACAACAUGAUAAGGUAUUUUGCGCUUACUGUGAGGAUCUUAGAAGAGCGGUGACACUAAAGACCAUGUACAUAGACCUUUCGUUGGGACCCGAUGGCCUCGAAAGAGAGAUUCAAUUUAUGAAGUCUGUCAAAUCUCAUGAAAACUUUAUUCAAUGUUUCG